GAUCAAAUUAGUAACAUGGUGGCACAAAGUAUUGUCAUUUUAUCUUUAUUAAUAACAUACGCAUUAUCUGCACCAACUGGAUGCAUAGAAUCUUGUAUUUCUUAUGUUAAACAAUAUCAAACACAAACUUCUGGUGGUUUGUCACAAACCGCGUCACAUUUACAAGGCCUUGACUAUUCAAAACCUGGCACAUGGUCUGAACAUAAUGACUAUGAUAUAGACAAUGGACAUGGAAAAGUGCAUGAAGAACGUGGUCAAUAUGUCACAGGUCCCAAAACAGUAAGAUAUUAUAGGAAAAAUUCUUCUUCUUCUUACAGUACAGGAUAUCCUAAUGGUGAAAUAUUAUCAGAUUUUGAAUAUCAGAAUAAUAGACAUGGUAUACAUUUACCCAAUACUCAAGAAGUUUUUAAUUCUCACAACACUUACAACCAAAUGGGUAAUUCCGAAUCAGUUGCACAACAUAAGUAUAAUAAAAUACAGAGUCAACAACACACUCGAUCAUCAUACACUAAAGGUGAAAGACUUGAAGAUCUUGGAGAAUACAGUGGAAGAUCACAAGUGAUUCCGCAAAGUACAUCUAACUUGCAUACACAAAUUUUACAAGAACCUUAUCAUUUUAAUGGACAGCAUGGAAAUUGGAGUACAGUAGAUUCUUAUAAAACUGAUGGAGGACGUGGCCAUGUAUUUGAAGAAGAAGGUCAAUAUGUAUCAGGACCUCAAAAGGUUCGUUACUAUAAAAGGAAUUAUACUUCUAGUUACAGUUCAUCUGAUGGAAUUCCUAUUCCUAAAAUCACAAAAAUUGGAAUGCACGAUAUACACCAGAAACUAGAGAAAAUCGAAAAAGAAAUAGGGCAAGAAUUCAAACAUAUUUCUACAGCAGAGGCUGUGGGAUCCACCAACAUUGGACAGGCACAUAUUAGUUCUCAUGAUUUGUCUAUUGAUAACAUGCAUAAUAUAAACAAUAAUAAUUAUAGAAGACAACAUAACCACAGGAAUAGUUUACCUACGACACAUAAUGAAGAACAGUAUUCCUCAGACAUUAGAAAUGAACAUUUACCUUAUAGGAAUCCUUACCAAAAUACUUAUGGUACAAACAGCUACAGUACAUAUGAAAGGCACGAAGAAUAUGCACAAAAACUUCAACCAACUAGUCAACUUAUUAAUCCAACAUCAGGAUAUACUAGUGUACUCAAUACUGGAAACAGUGGUUAUAAUAGGAAUAUAUAUAGUGGAUCAACUUCACAACAGCAAACAGAUAAUUAUCAGCAGGCAGAAAUGUUAGAUGCACAUCAAUCUAGACAAAUCGCACAGACCCAAACGUUUCUUGACAAUUUGAGAAACAAUGCACAAAGUCAAAGUAGCGGGAUCCAAUCAGGCAUGCAAGGUGUAUCUCACUACAAAGAACAUUGGAAUGCUAGUCAUACAAAAGAAGUAUCCAUACCACAGCAUACCACAGACAUUUCACAUAUGAACCAGCACAGUCUCCAAUAUAAUAAUAAUCAGUAUGACAACAGACAUAAUUUACAUCAAGGAAUACAACAACAAGAUAGUUAUUUACAUCAAUUUAAAGAAGGUGGCUUUACCCAUGGUAAAAAGAUGUUAGACAAAUUAAUAUCUGGUGUAGAUACUGUGGACUGUGAUUAUAAUUCACAAUAUACACAAAGUACCUCUCAAUAUUCAAGAAAAUAUAAGCGUCAUGCAAAGUAUGGUAAACAAGAUGAAGUGCAACAAACACAAAAUAAAUACAUCAAUGAUGAUCUUACUCAACAGACUUCUGGAAAACUUGAGUUUGGUCAGGAUUCGCAACAAUCUUAUCAACCUUGGAAACCACAGGGUGCCGAUCAACAAUUAGAGGAUUUUACACAGAAGACAGGGGAAUCUGAUGAUCUCACUCAACAAACAUCAGGAAAACUUGAGUUUGGUCAGGAUUCGCAACAAUCUUAUCAACCUUGGAAACCACAGGGUGCCGAUCAACAAUUAGAGGAUUUUACACAGAAGACAGGGGAAUCUGAUGAUCUCACUCAACAGACUUCUGGAAAACUUGAGUUUGGUCAGGAUUCGCAACAAUCUUAUCAACCUUGGAAACCACAGGGUGCCGAUCAACAAUUAGAGGAUUUUACACAGAAGACAGGGGAAUCUGAUGAUCUCACUCAACAGACUUCUGGAAAACUUGAGUUUGGUCAGGAUUCGCAACAAUCUUAUCAACCUUGGAAACCACAGGGUGCCGAUCAACAAUUAGAGGAUUUUACACAGAAGACAGGGGAAUCUGAUGAUCUCACUCAACAGACUUCUGGAAAACUUGAGUUUGGUCAGGAUUCGCAACAAUCUUAUCAACCGUGGAAACGAUACAGUGUCAAUCAUCACACAGAAAAUCUUACACAAAAAGCAGGAAGAUCUGAUGACUUUACUCAACAAACUUCUGGAAAACUUAAAUUAGACCAGGAAUCACAACAAUCCCAUAAACCUUGGAAUCUACACAAUACAAUUCAACAAUUAGAAGAUCUUAUUCAAAAAACAAAGGAAUCUGAUGACCUUACACAGCAAACUCCUGGAAAUACAGAAUUUGAUCAAGAAUUACAAAAAUCAGAUAAACCUUGGAAUAUAUACAGUACAAUCCAACAAUUAGAGGACUUCAUACAAAAAACUAGGGAAUCUAAUGACUUCACUCAACAAGCAUUUGGAAAUGUGGAAUUUGACCAGGAAACACAAAAAUCAGACAAAUCAUUGAAUAUAUACAGUACAAUCCACCAGUUAGAAGACCUUAUACAAAAAACCACGGAAUCUGAUGAUUUCACUCAACAAACAUCUGGAAAACUUGAAUUUAGUCAAGAAUCACAACAGUCUCCAAAAACGUGGAACCUACAUGAUACUAUUCAACAAUUGGAAGACCUUAUUCAAAAAACAAGGGAAUCUAAUGACCCUACCUUACAAUCAUCUGAAAAAGUCGAAUUUGUCCAAAACUCACAGCAACCUCAUGAUUCUUGGAAACCACAGAGUGCAAGUCAACAAUUAGAAGAUUUUACACAGAAAACAGGGAAAUUUGAUGAUUUUACUCAACAAACUUCUGGACAACUUGAGUUUGGACAGGAUUCACAACAAUCUUUUCAAUCUUGGAAGCCAGAGAGCGCAAGUCAACAAUUAGGAGAUUUUGCGCAGAAAACAGGGGAAUCUGAUGAUCUCAUUCAUCAAACCUCAGGAAAACUUGAGUUUGGUCAGGAUUCUCAACAAUAUUUUCAACCUUGGAAGCCAGAGAGCGCAAGCCAACAAUUAGGAGAUCUUACACAGAAAAGAGGGGAAUCUGAUGAUCUUAUUCAACAAUCAUCUGGAAAAGUCGAAUUUGGCCAAAACUCACAGCAAUCUCAUCAAUCUCGGAAACCACAGGGUGCCGAUCAACAAUUAGGAGAUUUUACACAGAAAACAGGAGAAUCCGAUGAUUUUACUCAACAAAUCUCUGGAAAACUUGAGUUUGGUCAGGAUUCGCAACAAUCUUAUCAACCCUGGAAACCACAGGGUGCCGAUCAACAAUUAGGAGAUUUUACACAGAAAGCAGGAUCCGAUGAUUUUACUCAACAAACCUCUGGAAAACUUGAGUUUGGUCAGGAUUCGCAACAAUCUUAUCAACCUUGGAAACCGCAGGGUGCCGAUCAACAAUUAGGAGAUUUUACACAGAAAACAGGAGAGUACGAUGAUCUCACUCAACAGACAUCUGGAAAUCUUGAGUUUGGUCAGGAAUCAGAGCAAUCCUUUCCAACCUGGCAUCCUAAUGUGAGGGAUCAGAAGUGGGGUCAUUUAACUCAACAAACUAGUGCACAACCAGAAGAUGAUUUGCCGAAGCCUGCAGAAAAACCUAAACCAAGAUCGAGAUACUCAAGGCGUUGGUCAACAGUUAAUACACAGGUACCAAAUCAAGAUAUGUAUAAUAUUAAUAAUCAGAAUAAUUUGAACCUUAAUGCUGGAGAUACAGAUGCGCCAAAUAUUUAUGAAUUACCUCCACAAGUGAAUGUAGAAGGUGAUAAAGAUAAUAUUAGGAGACAAAGUACCAGAGGGGAUCAAGGACAAGAUAAAGAUGUUUCUAAGAAGUUAAGUCAACAAGCUGGAAGUAGUGGGUAUGAUGUUGAAGGAGGAAAUGUAGACCAAGUAAAUUGGUUACACAAAUCGAAUGAUGCAACUGUAGGCUUGCAAUGGCAUUAUACAUAUCAUCCAAGCGAUCAAAGACAAUUCGUACAACAAACAGAUCAGAAGAAUAAGGAAGAUUUGCAGCAGCAAUCAAUACAAACACAAUUUUCUAAUUUACAACAAAAUCCAAAGCAAGAAGAACAAAUUAAAUAUAUAGUUGAUAAUUCAGAUCAGCAGGAAUCAUAUUGGCAACCUCAAAACUAUGCAACUGAACAAGGAAUUAAAUCUGUGAGAAAACCAUUUCGUUAUAUUCAGCAUGAAAAUAAAUUGAUGUCUGAUCAACAAAAAAGAGAAAAUGAAAAUUUACAGAAGCAUGUAGAAACUGCUUCAUCUGAACCUAAGCUGCAGCCAAGAAUUUUGGAAGUUUAUGGGGGUGGACAAUAUGAUCCAACACAUAGCGGAGAUAUAUAUUCUGGAGUGACAAUAAACCCUAGUGCUACACUACCAUCUACAAGUAAUACAGAUCCAUGGGAUAUUCGAGAAAAACCAGAAAUAAUGGUAACAACAACAGAAUUGACAAUGCCACCAUUACCUGUAGAACCUUUAAAUACAAAUGAUACUAAUAAACCACCACGUCCAUCGUCUCUAUGGACAAGAAUUGGCCACAAAAUUACAACUACUUUUGAUAAAGCUAAAGAAAAGGCUAGAAAUAUUUUUGGAUGAACAUAACUUUCAAUUUUUUUAAUUAACAUUUAUUUAUAUAUAAUUUUUAGUAAUAUAGGUUCUUGAUAUAAGCUUUUAAUAUAUGUAAGAUUUACUAAAUAAAAUUUAUUUAUCAGUGUUAUAAU